UGAGAAGGCUGAACAGUAAACAGUAAACAUGGAGAUGAGAGCGGUGGAAGACAUAGCCAUAGGCGAAGACCUAACCCCAGCCCUUCCACCUCUGGCCUUCGUCCUCCUUGAAACCGCCGUUAGCUCCUAUUGCUCCGCCUGUUUUUCUAUUCUUCCGCCGCAGCCAUUUCCCCCACUUAACCCUAACUCUCGCCCUAAUUGUUCCCAUUUCCCUUCUCCUACUCCGCUUUACUGUUCCGUUAACUGCUCUUCCAUCGAUUCCCCACUCCAUUUCUCCUCCGGCGAGCUCCGACUCCUCUCUCUCUUCCGGCAAUCGCCUCCCUUCGCGUGGGAGGACUCCUCCGACCUCCGCCUCUCACUCCGCCUGAUUCACUUAUUCCAAAAAAUUGAGAAAAUUGAAUGCCCAGAGGCAAGCGAAAUUAUUGAGCGAAUUGGGGGUUUGAUGACUAAUCGUGAGAAAUUGAUAUUUGAAGAGAGUAGGAACAGCAAAUCUAAAUUUAGCGAUGAAAAUCUUCGUGAUUGCGGCGAUUCAGGUGAAAAUUCUGAGAAUGUUUACCAGAAGAUAAGAUCGGGGGCAAAAAUGAUGGCGGAGGCAAGGAGGGCAAGUACGGAUCACUAUGUAAAUGCAGAGAAGAAGAGGGAUGAUUUUGUAUUGGAGGAGAUGGUAUUGUGUUUGGUGCUGACGAAUGCUGUCGAAGUUCAGGAUAAAAAUGGCUGCACCAUAGGUAUUGCUGUUUACGAUACUGCGUUUUCUUGGAUCAAUCAUAGUUGUUCUCCGAAUAGUUGUUACCGGUUCGUAUCGAGGCUGGAAAAUCACCAACAGUCAUCUUUAAGAAUUGCUUCAUAUGCAACAAGUGGCUGUCGCCAUGGAUAUGGUGAUAUAGAAAGAAAUGGUUAUGGUCCAAGAGUUAUAGUUCGAAGUAUAAAAGCUGUUCAAAAGGGUGAAGAGGUGACAAUUGCGUACACGGAUUUGUUGCAACCUAAGGAGAUGAGACGAGCACAACUAUGGUUCAAGUACAGAUUUAGUUGUAGCUGUCCGCGCUGUGUUGUGGUCCCUACAACUUACGUUGAUUAUGCUUUGCAAGCACUCUCUGUUGGCUGUACAGAUAAUCAAGAUUCUUCAGACAGUGAAAUAGAGAAACUAAUGCAAAGUUUUGAUGAUGCAACAAAUGAUUAUCUAUCACUAGGUGAUGCAGAAUCAUGUUGUAAGAAGCUCGAACACUUAAUAGACGAGUCCAUAAAACCAAAGGAAACAAAAUCACCACAGCUGCACCUUUUUCAUUAUCUUUCCCUAAAUGCUUACACCACCUUAGCUUCUUCUUACAAAGUUCGAGCAAGUGAUCUCUCAGCUCUUAAUUACGAGGUCGAAAAACACAAACUGGAAGCCUUUGAUUUGUACAAGACAAGUGCUGCAUAUUCCUUAUUGCUUGCUGGGGUGACACAUCAUCUUUUCAUGUCUGAAUCUGCUCUUGUGGCGAGUGGAUCAAAUUUCUGGAUAAAUGCAGGGGAAUCAUUGUUGAAUCUUGCUAAAAACUCCAUGCGGAAUUCAAAUUCAACACUGAAACCUGGGAAAUGCAGUGAUUAUUGUCUCGUGGAUACUCUGGAACCGAAUUCUACUAUGCAGUUGGAGGAAAUAAAGAGUCGGUUUUUUAAUUGCAUUGCGAAUAUGACACUAAAAGUAUGGAGCGUACUUGCUUCUGAGAGUAGUUUCUUGAGAUCAAUUCAAAACCCGAUCGACUUCACUUGGCUCGCGUCUUCGGAAACUUCCAUGAUUCUGUCGGCUGAAGAAGAGUCUCGCCUUGCAGGGUUCGUUCUGAAGAAGGGAUCUCCUUCAUUGGAAGCUUCCGAAUGCGACGAUCAAGUAAGGAUGAAUCUUGUUAUGCUUAGUGGCCAUUGUUUAAGGUAUGGUGCGAUCUUAUCAAGCAUCUGUUAUGGCUUGUCAGAUGAAAUGUAUUAUAACAGAACUCUAGAAGUUUUAAAGGAACUUUAUGGAAAUAAAUGAGAUUUUAUUUUGUUUAGA